AUGUCGAGUGAAAAACAGAUUCGAAUACGUGGCGGGCAUCGUGCUUACGUUAGCAAACUUAUUGAGAGUGUCAACGGAAUUAUCGAGCAUUUUAGCGGAUCUACGAGCGAAAGAGAAAAGUUAGAAAGUCUCAAAGUAACUUUGAAAGAUAAGAAAGAAAUUCUUAAGAGUAUCGACGAAGCUAUAUUGGAGUCAACGAAAGAUGAAGGUAUUAAUAAGGAGAUACUCGAAGCCAGUGAUAUCGAAACGUUGGGAAUACGAGAUAACGAGCCUACCACCGAGUCAAAGUUCAUGGAAGACAUAAGCUUUAAUGGAAACCAGUACGAAGUUAAGCUACCCUUUCGAGAAGAGCACCCUCUACUACCAGACAAUCAUGUGGGUUCUGUGAAACGGUUAAACUCUUUGCUAACCCGAUUGAAAGCUAACCCCAAUCUUCUACAGGAAUAUGACAAUAUAAUAAAAGAUCAAAUCAAAUCUGGUGUCGUAGAACCUGCUGAUGAUGUCCUUGUUCCAGUUGGAAAAGUUCAUUACUUACCACAUCGUGAGGUUGUCCGAGAAGAUAAGAAUACAACGAAGAAACGUGCAAAGAAUCUUGAUACCACUCUCGGUUUGAUUACCUGUGAAGAAAUUGACAACGCAGAACUAAAAUGGAUAAAAGACAUUCAGUAUCCAAUGACCAAGCAAGCAAACUAUGAAAAGGUAAAGAAGUCCUUAAACUUGUUCAAAGAUAAGAAUGACAUUGUACGAUGCCAUGGGCGAAUACAAGAAUCACCCUUACCCUACGAUACGAAAUACCCUAUCCUUUUACCAAGUGAUCAUUACUUUACGAGACUAGUUGUUCUUCGAAGUCACGAACAGCUCAUACAUAAUGGAGUUCGAGAAACUCUAACGCAAGUUCGAUCCAAAUUUUGGAUAACGAAAUGUCGCCAGGUCGUGAAAAAAAUCCUGUCGAAAUGCGUAAUUUGUCGACGAUUAGAAGGUCCACCUUACGGUAAUCCUGAAGCGCCACCAUUACCAGAGUUUCGUUUAAGCAACGAAUUAGCAUUUUCCAAGAUUGGCGUCGACUACGCAGGUCCCAUGUAUGUGAAGGACAUGUAUAGUCAAUCGAAAGAUAUGCACAAAGUUUACAUAUCCUUAUACACUUGUGCGAGCAGUAGAGCUUUACAUUUAGAUUUGGUUCCGGACAUGACAAGUGAAGCUUUUGUUAGAAGUUUAGAGCGAUUCAUUGGACGACGUGGAAUCCCAGCACUGAUUAUUUCGGAUAAUGGGAAAACGUUCAAGGGAAAAGAAAUCAAGAACUUUAUAGCGUCUAGGGGUAUUAAAUGGAGAUAUAUUGUAGAAAAAUCCCCUUGGUGGGGAGGAUUUUAUGAACGCAUGGUCAGAAGCGUUAAAAGAUGUCUAAAGAAAGUCUUGCGGAAUGCUAGGCUCACUUACGAAGAACUUCUGACAUUACUAAUUCGAGUAGAAGGAGUCCUGAACUCUAGACCAUUAACGUAUGUAUAUUCUGAUGAAGAUGAACCGCUAACCCCCUCGCAUUUGGUGUUAGGUAAGCGAAUACUUACGGUUCCAACGCAAGUAGAGAUCGACGCAAACGACGAAGGAAAGAACGAAUUGUUGAAGAGAGAGAAGUAUCUUAAGAAUGUCCUAAAACACUUUUGGAAAAGAUGGAAAUUGGAGUAUUUGACUCAACUGCGUGAACAACAUCAGCCAAGCAAGAAAGACGGCCCAAAAAUCAAGGUCGGAGACGUCGUUUUAAUACAGGAAGACAAUGUUAAAAGAUUAAAUUGGCCCAUCGCAGUAAUAGAAAGUUUACUUAAAGGAAGAGACGGAAACGCUCGAGCAGCGACAGUAAGGAUGUUCAAUAAAGCUGGAAAACUCGCGACGACAAGAAGAGCGGUACAAAGAUUGUAUCCAGUUGAAGUGAACGAUAGUGAACGUGAAGUGACAGCUGAGUUUCCAAUUACCUUUGUCGAACGAGCAAAAUCAGAGAAUACGGACUGA